AUGAUGAAUUGUUCCUUGUAUUCAUCUCAACCAUUUAUUAAUUUAAAACAACAUAAUUCAUUUCGUAUCGAUGAUAUACUCAAAACAUGUAAUAGUGGUAGUAACUAUGAUUCCUCACUUUAUAAUCAUCAUUAUCCUCCUCCUUUGCCAAUCGAUUUACCAAUGUGGUCAUCGCUUGCAGCCCACAUGCUAUCAAAAGUAGCCGAACAACAGCAACAAGAUACAUCUUGCGAAUCAUUAUCGUACGUCACUGACACAAGACGUCAACAGCAACAACAAAUUUUAAAAAAACAUCAUUUUCCAUAUGUUGGUACAACCAAAACAAAUGUACUCAAUGAAAAUUUACAACAUGAGUGGAAAGAUUCAUUGAACAGUUCACGUAAUCUUUCAUUUUGGCCUUAUUCAUAUCGGUGUAAUUCAAGACGAAAAGGUGGACAAAUACGAUUUUCAGCCGAACAAACUAUACAAUUAGAAAAAAAAUUUGAAAACAGUCAAUAUCUAUCACCAGUAGAACGAAAACAAAUUGCCAAAAGUUUACAAUUAAGCGAAAGACAAGUGAAAACAUGGUUUCAAAAUAGACGAGCGAAACAUCGACGAUUGAAAAAAGACACUGAUAAAUCGUCAUCAUCUCAUGAUCGAGCAAGUAACUCACCACACCAUAGUGAUAUGGACGAUGAAGAUAUUGAUAUUGAAGAACCAGAACAUGCCACAUGGAGCCCAUCAAGUUCAAUCACAUGA